UUCAUGAACAUGAUUUCUGCCCGAGUCUCGUCCUGAUUCUUUUCCACCAGCUCUAGAUGUGAAGACAACACCUUGCAGCGACCUCUAGCGGCAAAAAUUUACAUAAUGUACCUUCAAAUUAGCUACAAUUAACAUUUUCUGUAUCUUUCUGUAUGAAGUCUUGAAACAAUCCAGAAGUAUUCCUUGUAUAUUUACUAGUCCAAUAGUGUUGGACUUUUUGACGGACCACUGCAGGACUGCAGUAGAGACGACAUUCAUUAUAACUGAUAUGGACUGAAUUAUAUGCAAAUGUCAAACAGUGUGUUGAACAUUCACACAGCCUUCUCUGUUAAAGAUUAAACCUAGUUUAUUUGCAAAUAUUUGAUCCCUGAAUAAAUAUUCUCUCAGUCGGACGGGACCCAACACAUCUUCUCUGAAGAGCACAGAAGCGUCUCCCUUCUUCUCUAUAAUUUGUCAUGGCGUCUGUGGCACUGAGGGUGUUCAUCUUCUGCCUGCUUCAUCUGUGUAUUCAAUGUGAUCAGAUGCCAGUGAACACCAAUGUUCUUGCUAAAAUUAUCCAGUAUUUUGAUGACAAGUUACAGCCAACCAGCUAUGACAGGCCUAAUCAGUAUUCUGUAGUCAUCAGGGUCCCAUAUCAACAGUGUACAGAACAUUUCAGUCUCGAUUGGGUUUUCAGCAUGGACGAAAUGAAAAAUGCCUUCAGUGAUUUCAAGACUAAUAGUAAGCGAAGGUUUUGUGAAGUCAUCCAAGACUCAGUCAGUCUCAGAGCUGCGAAGCCGAGUUGGAUCCAAAUGACCAGUUCUUCUGGAGAAACACUGCAUUCUGAAUAUGUUCUUGUUUAUCCUAUAGAUGCCACAAAAACAUCUCCCCUGGACAAAAUUUUGAGAAUGCCAAAUGAUGAUCAAUGUGUAGUUUUGUAUACUUACAACUCACCUUGCAUAGAAAAGUGCAUUAAUAAUAAAGAUGACACUAUUUUGUAUGGCCUUUCAAACUGGCUAAAAACACGGAGAACUGGGAUUAAAGCUUUCAUUUUCCAAGAGAUGUGGCGCAGAAACUCGACUGGUGUGCCAGCGGAUCAGCAACAGCAGUUUACAAAGAUUAAUAAUCUAGUGCCUCUCUAUCGGUGUGUGAAGGAAAAUAAUCAAAUGAAAUGUUAUAAGUGUGGAGAUGCUGGCAGUGAGAUGUUACAUGAAAAUUGUGUUUCCUAAAAAGCAUUUUAUGUCAGUAAUCAUACUGUAAUAAAUGAUUUUCGCUGAAUGCCUUGCUCCUAAAUAAAACUUGUUUUUCCAUGUGGAGGCAAUAAUAACAUGACUGUUCAUAAAUGAUUCAUCACUCGGAGUGUAUCUGUGUUCAUCCAAAGAGUUUUGAGUGAUUAUAAUGGCACUGUACAUAAAACAAUUUAUCAAGUCGACACUGAAAGAGACACAAUAACAGCCCUAAUCGUGUGAAAUAACCUUGAUGCUGCUUAUAUCAGCCAAAGGUUAAAAAACAGCUUCAGUGAAACACUGUAUUGUUGCUCUUCAUUGAAACUGAAGGUAAAUAAAGAACUACAGGUAAAUGAUCAUCUUUGUGGUUAGUCUUAAUGUCAUUCAAGUCUAUAGUGAGAAAAUAUCCAGGAACUGACAAAUGCAUUCACUUAAUCUCUCAACAGUUAACCAAAUGUUUGCAAUGUCAAUUGACUAAUCGAAUUUGUAAAUGAUGAACUUACAUUCGGGUCUUUAUAUGUGCUUCAUUUCCUCGUGAUCAUCUGCACUAUCAGAAGAGAAACAACUGUUCUACAUCUCUGAAAAUAAAAGCAAAUUGUUCCUCAUAAUUCCAGCCGUCA